AUGGAAGCUAUGGAUGUGGACGAGGAUGGAUCGUCCCAGCAACUAGUACUUAUACGAGCUGUCCGAACUCUCGAUGAAGACAGCUCGUUAUCCUUGCCUGAGAAAAUUCACAAGAUCUGGCUUCUACUUACCGCGGUCAAACAUACCCGAUUACAUGGUAUCGAAGAGAGCAUUCUGCGAUGGCUGCUCAAGCAGAUGAGUGGUAACACCGACAGCGCCGAGCAUGCCCGACGAUACCCCCUUGCCUGGACUAUCUUGGGCCAUGUCUUCCCCAAGAUUCCCGCACAAUCUCUCGGCAGGUCCCUGUCAUAUCUGCGAUUCGUGCCACUUCUGAGCAAGACUUUGGGGGAUGUUACCAAACACGAGACUAGUUCCAUUGGAGCCGAGGAAGACACGGCGACGGCGAAAAAGAGGAAAAGAGGCGCAGAUUGGCCCGCCGCGCUUGCAGAACUCCGCACCCCUCUCGGGCGUCUCAAGUCGGCUACAGAGAUAUUUGAAGCCCUGGCUAUCCUGCUGGAGCAGGGUACUACUGCCCAGACCGAAGAAGUUACUCCAGAAAAAAGAGUUGGCGCCGAGCACAUCAAAUCUCUUUUCUCAUCAUCUGCCGAUGAUACCAGAGAUAUCACAGCGAGGCUGCUUUUAAUAUGCGACGACUCGCUAUCUACCGCCGACGGUGCUUUCGUAAAAGGCCAACAGUCCUGGAUCGAUACUGUGGCCACUAUCUGGAACUUACGACUUCACAGUAAGGAAGAUAGCCUUGAAUUUGCCAAGCACAUUUACGAACGGGCAUCUCUUGUGCUAGCCAAGUUUAAAGGUGACUUGGAAAACGAGCUUCCAAAUCACAUACUCACUACUUGCCAUGAAAUUUGGGUGCCACAACUUCGGAGGUUCUUGAGCACGUACUUCAUUCGUCCUGCGAGACAGCGCUUCGCCGUGGAUAAGAAUAUAGAUAUGAUGAGGCUGGCGCUAGAGAUCGCCCAGAAGGACGUUGUUGCAUCUGCCACAGUCAUGUGGAGCAUAGCCGCUAGAAUUCCUCGAGACACUAGUGACCCAAAAUCCAAGAUCGAACACGAUGCAUGGGCUGAGAAAAUCUUUCAAGUAGUGGUAGAUGCAUUACAACCUCUAGCCCUCCAAAGGCAGAAUGACGUACUUUCUCCAUUAUUAGACAUUGCUUUACAGACCCGAUCAAUUCCUGAUACUGAAACUCUUCGCACCUUAUACCAGAGGCAUGUACUUAACGACGCCGGAACAGAUUGGACGUUGCUGUCAAAGAUACUUGCUUGCGACGCGGAUGUUUUCGUAGCUGAUGAAGACCACGAGACUAUUUUCGACAUUGUCAGCAAAGCUUCCAAAGAGGACCCGAAGAUAAGAAAUGAUGUUGCUGUUCGUGUCAUUCUCCCUCUGCAAGCCGCGUUUUCUAACACGCGAGCUCUAGCACAAUUCAUUGUGCAGUGGCUUCGCAGUCUAUGCGCAGCUGAACCUGUGGAGCAAUCGAUAUGGUUUGACUCGAGAAUUCGAGAGCACCUGGCAACCCUUAUGCAAACAUCCUUUUCGAGUACCCAACUUUUAAGGCUGCUGGAAAGAUUAGAGUCGAUACCUAGCAAAGCUGGGGGGCUCCUGGUUGUUCUUGAUGGAAUUUGUGCCGGGCUCACGGACGAAGCUACCAUCGCAAAUGCUGACGCAAAGAUAUUAUCUAUGAUGGAUCAGAAAUGGGAAGAUCUCACCCAAGAAGUACUCGCUUUGAGGUGGCGAAUAUUUGGUUACCUGGCCUCGUGGAGGGGGUCGGAUGAGUGCAACAAGCUUUGGAAAACCGUCAAAUCUGAUAUAAAGCCAAUCAUCAAGAAGAAAAAGCUGGCUGCCGCUGAAACCUAUGAAGCCUUCGCUUGUUGUUAUAGACUCUGCCUUGCUAGUCAUAUUGGCGGCAAAUAUGAAGAAGACCUCAUUAAGCUUAUUUGUACAAUGCUCGGAAGGCUGACCUCAUCGGUUGACUCAGAGACUGGGCUCCAUCUUUUGAGACCAUACACGGAUCUGGUAUUUAGUUGCCUCCCUAUACUCACCGAACAGCCAAAACAAGAAGUCAGUACAUUAACUAACCAAAUCGUUCAACUUUUCUCGCGUGUGAGCCAGAAGCUCCCAUCGCUAUUGAAAGCGGAAUAUUUGGCUUAUGUCCGACCAAUAAUUCAUAACCACGAUGUGGUUGAUGAGGAGCCAUUUCUCGAUGCCUUGAUGGCACCGUUUUUGGAUGCGCUGGACAACUCAGAUAACCAAGCUGGUUGGACGCAACCUCAUGACUUAGAGUUGAUUUUGAUACUCUUGGAAUUUCCAACUGAAAGCUGGACAAGAAGUCGCCGGAAGCGCAUAAUGGGUUCAUGGAAGAAGCAUAAAUCUGCCAUCUGCUCUUGUGCAGCUAAGGACUCGGGGUAUGCCGUCACGGUUUUACGCUUACUUGUGAAGAUCAUGCAGCAACCAACUUUCUAUGAGAACAUGGAGUUUACCGACAUGGUUGAUGUUUGCUCUAGCAUGACGACUAGUGACCCUGCCCUCCUAUCUUUACUUGAGAGAUUCAUUAGCACUACGAUGAAACACGUCCUCGCAAAUUCAAACGAACUUACACAAUCUUACCUGUUCAAUGCAUCUCAAUAUGCGGAGAGCCUUAAACCUAAGAAACACUCAACAAGCCGCGCUCAGAUUCUCCUUCUUAAGAGCUUAGCAACUACACUCUCUGAUUUCACCAACAGCUCUUCAGAACGUGUUAUGAUAGGUCCGAACACCUUCAGACAGAAACUCGCUGAAUUAGUCACUCGAGGACUCAGUGACUUCGCCAUGGGGGAAAAUGAGUCUUCGAUGGCUUCCUUGAGUGACGAGAAAAUCAACUCACUACGGAUAGUUCUAGAUGCAGCACAAGUUGCUAGCAGCCAUGCUGCCCCCGGAAUGAAGAUCGCACUGUCUGGUGACACUCUAACUCGAUUAGAGAGAAGUAGCACUGCUCUGAUGUCUCGAGAUGCUGCUACUGCAUGGAAACUGAGAUCUUUUCUCAUGGUUCAAAGCGCAGAUCGCUACACUCCUGAGUCUUUCAGCGCGUUUCUCGACGAAGGCGAGCAAGGAGUCGAAGAAGAGUUAAUAUAUGACUUCGUUGAUGCCUAUAUAGAAGGGAAGAGCCAAUCUCUUCGAGACCAAUUACUUAAUGAGUUGAUAGGUCGUGAGAUACCUGUUACGGGCCGUAUUGGCCCUGUACUAGCAGCGCGAAGGCUGCUUGAAAUUUAUCAAGGGCGGAAUGUCGAUGAUGCAUCAGCCGGACAAGGGAGCUUAGACCUGGCUCAAGUACACGAACACUUCACUUCACAUUUGAGCCAAUCAGGCUCUCUCCCUCACUUCAACCACAUAUCAGACAUCAUGCUGCUACUGCUUGACAAACACGCCAAUGCAAUGACACAGUACAACGUCGAAGCAACUUUAACUAGCGUGGUCGAGAUAUGUUCUGCCCACGGCCCAAAAAUUCAAGGAUCAAAAGUAGCGGGCGAGAUCUUCUCUUCUCUAUUCAAGCUAGUAGCGCUCAUAAUUAAACGGCACCGUCUCCGUCUUAGUGGUCACUUCCACAUCUUACUCCUCUCACUCCGUGCGCUCUUGAACGUUCUCCUGGUGGACCCUAGUUCAUCAAUAUCGACCCAUCGGGUGGCGCAGUCCCGUCACCCACCCUGGCUCCUCACGCGUCUUCAGCCGCGUCACGGUGAACGCUUCGCCCGACUACUGACACUAGUCUGUGAGCCAAGCGCCGCCUCCGUAGCCCGAACCCGGACCCGGUCUGAACUGGAUUCGGCUACGGAUGUGGCGAAGCGCGCUGCCGGCCAGUACAUGUAUCUGAUCAUCGAGGUGUACAUCAAGCUGCAGCUCGAAGUGGAGGUAUCACGCGAUAUGCGCAAGGCGCUUGAGGUCGGCAUCUUCUCCGUCCUCGAUAUCACGAAUGAAGGUUGCAGGAAGGCACUCAAUGAGUCUCUGGAUGCGAGCGGCCGUGCGGUGUUCAGGGCCCUCUUCGCGGAGUACCGUAAGUUCGGGAAAUGGAAGGGUGUCUAAUGAAAUUUAGUCUAUUAGUGUAUGAAAGUUUUGUAAAGGGGUAUGUAUACCAGUAUGCAGACAGGAGUAAGGAA